GGCAUGCAAACACCUCCCUCUACAUCUGACCUACACAACUGACUGCUAGUUCAUCUUUUGUGCAGGUUAUAACACAGCACAUAGCAUUUGGCAUUAGGAAAACUGGAGACAUUUUGUGUACUCAUUUACAGUUCCUCCUCCUCCUGUGUUCCCCUGUCUUUUUCUGUCUUUUGGUGGCUGUCUGGCUUCAGUGGGUCUCUGCCAGUGCACUACAAUGACUGCUGUAGCUGUAGUCUCUCUGCUGUAAGCAUUCUGAGGUUAUGCUGCCCAAAAGUUCCCAGUUGAGUCUGAGUGAAAGAGAAAAGGGCUAAAGCCAACGCACUUUAAAGCUCCACCCACAAAUUUUACCAUAAGCAAUGAGUGACUCUCAGGACGUCGGUGAUGUCACUUCUGCAUCAGGCUUGACUAGACAUCUGCCUAUCGCCGUGCAAGCUCCCCCUCAACCAUGUGAUGAUGAAGAUGAUGAAGGGGACUUGAACAAGACUUUGGGAGUGCAUCGCUUUCAGCAUAUCCUCAGCACUGCCCAGCGCAUGCCCGCCGAACAACACCGCACCUUCAAUGAGGAGGACUUUGAGUACCACCGUCAUACCUCACUACACAUUCACCACCCUCUGUCCAAACACCUCCCCAGCGACGGCCGGAGGAAAAAGCCAGCGAGAAAACGGAGCACGGGACGGAUGAGGAGUUUGUCCACCGGUGCGGCUCCCCCUAUAGACGAGGAUGAGGAAGAUGAAGAGGCAGAUGAAGAUUCCUGCAGCCAACAGGAGAAAGAAGGCAAUGUCACCACCACACCCACCCCAGAUAGUGAGCAGACGGAGUUUAUUGUACCUAUUGAUGAUCCCAGCUCCAGUGUAAAGAAAAACGGUGAGGUGGCACCACAUCUAAAGCUGCCAAUCAUAACCCCUUCAGCUCUUCACACCAGCAUCAGCAUCCCAGAAGAUGCUGCAGUAACCGAAGGCAGGACUUCGGUACGUAUUCUGCCCAAUGGCAGGCGCGUGUCUGCCCCAUGUCUGUUUCCAAUGAGUUCACCAGAUGGAAACUCCAAACUCGGGCGUAGCUAUGACCUGCAGGAGCGCCGCCGCACGGGAAAUCUGACGGGAAUUACGCAAGCACACUACCAACACAUGCCCACUGAUGAGAGCGAGGCCAAGACACUUGCUACUGUCGACCUUGAUGGAAUCAAGAGUCACAGGUUUGAAGAUGUCCCCGGUGUGCGGCGGCACCUUGUUACGAAGAGCGCUAAAGGUCAGGUGGUUCACAUCGGCAAGGACCACAAAGAGCUCAGCAGUCGCGUCAAGUGUAAGCUGGAUCGCACCCCACAUGAGAGAAGAUCAUGGCCCUGUUACGUGGACCAAAGGGUUCAUCGUGCCCGACAGCUGAAGGUGUUUGUCGAGCUGAAUGAGCUUCUGAUGGAUAAGAACCAGGAGAUGCAGUGGAGAGAAACAGCUCGUUGGAUAAAGUUUGAGGAGGAUGUCGAGGAGGGGACAGACCGCUGGGGAAAACCUCACGUUGCUUCACUCUCAUUCCGCAGCCUGCUGGAGCUCCGCAGGACCAUUUCACACGGCGCAGUGUUGUUGGAUCUGGAGCAGAAGACUUUGCCUGGUAUUGCUCAUCAGGUUGUGGAGCAAAUGAUCAUCUCAGACCAGAUCAGAGCAGAAGACAGAGCCAAUGUGCUCAGAGCACUGCUCCUCAAACACAGUCAUCCAAGUGAUGGUAAGGAGCUCAACUUGUUUCACCGGAACAUCUCAACGACCAGCCUCGCCUCUCUGAUAUCUCAUCAUCAUAGCAAUAAUCAUAUCGCUGGACCAGAGCCUCCUGCCACAGACCCGCUCAUUGGAGGACUGCCUGUCUUUAAUUCACGCAGAAGUGUUGAUCUAGAUAGGAAUGAGAGAGACACACCGCAAUUUUUUAGUCUGCACAAGACCAAAUCGCGAUUGCUUGAGAAGAUCCCAGAGAAUGCAGAAGCCACUGUGGUUCUUGUGGGUAGCGUUGAUUUUUUGGAUCAACCCACCAUGGCUUUUGUGAGACUGCAGGAAGCAGUUCUGUUAGAGUCGGUUCUAGAAGUGCCAGUUCCAGUGCGGUUCCUUUUUGUGCUCCUCGGUCCACCCACUGCCAACAUUGACUACCACCAAAUUGGACGUUCCAUAUCCACGCUAAUGUCUGAUAAACACUUCCACGAAGCGGCUUAUUUGGCAGAUGAACGCCGGGACCUGCUGACGGCCAUCAACAGUUUCCUGGACUGCAGCAUUGUGCUUCCUCCAUCCGAGGUUGGCGGAGAUGAGCUGUUACACUCUGUCGCUCGCUUUCAGAGAGAAAUGCUGCACAAAAGACAUGAACUAGAGGCCAAACUACAGGCCAAGGAACCCAAGAGCCCAGAGGACAUAGCUCUUUAUCCACCGUUUAAACCAGACGAUGAUCCUCUUCGGAGGACGGGUCGGCUGUUUGGUGGGGUGAUCCGAGAUGCACGGCGCCGCUACCCCAAAUACAUCAGUGAUUUUAAAGAUGCCCUAAAUCCACAAUGCAUGGCUGCAGUUAUAUUUAUUUACUUCGCUGCCCUUUCUCCUGCCGUCACCUUUGGAGGACUGUUGGGUGAGAAGACAGGUGGCUUGAUAGGUGUAUCAGAGCUGAUUAUUGCCACUGCCAUGCAGGGAAUGUUGUUCUGCCUGCUUGGGGCUCAACCUCUUCUGGUGGUGGGCUUUUCUGGACCCCUUCUAGUGUUUGAAGAGUCUUUCUAUUCAUUCUGCAGGUCCAGCGAACUAGAGUAUUUAACAGGCCGCGUGUGGAUCGGAUUCUGGUUGAUCGUCAUUGUGGUUCUCACGGUGGCCUUUGAAGGAAGCUUCCUGGUGAAAUUUGUGACACGCUUCACCCAAGAGAUCUUUUCCAUCCUCAUCUCUCUUAUCUUUAUAUACGAGACCUUCUUUAAGCUGGGCAAAAUCUUCAUGGAUCAUCCGCUCCAGGGCUGCUAUGGUAAAGAAGAAAAUGACACUGCUUUACCCAACAACACCACUGAAUCUCCAGUUGGCACUAAAACUCUAAACCAACCGAACACAGCUCUACUUUCUCUGGUGCUCAUGUCAGGGACCUUCUUCAUUGCCUUCUAUUUGCGGAAAUUCAAAAACAGUGCUUUCUUCCCUGGAAGGCUCCGAAGGAUGAUUGGAGAUUUCGGUGUUCCCAUUGCAAUUUCCAUCAUGGUUCUGAUGGACCACAGCAUAAAGGACACUUAUACCCAGAAACUAAGUGUGCCUGAUGGCUUCUCUGUGACCAGCCCAGAGAAACGUGGCUGGAUUAUAAACCCACUGGGCUCUGAUGGUCAAUUCCCCAUCUGGAUGAUGGCUGCCAGCAUCCUACCCGCCAUGCUGGUCUACAUCCUUAUUUUCAUGGAAACUCAGAUCACCACUCUUAUUGUGAGUAAGAAGGAGAGGAUGCUGGUCAAAGGUUCAGGAUUUCAUUUGGACCUGUUGAUUAUCGUGGCGGCGGGUGGGAUUUCAGCAUUGUUUGGACUCCCAUGGCUGACCGGUGCUACUGUACGCUCUGUGACCCAUGCAAACAGCCUUACAGUGAUGAGCAAAGCAGUCGCACCUGGUGACAAACCACGCAUACAGGAAGUGAAAGAGCAGAGGAUAACAGGAUUUCUGGUGGCUCUGUUUGUAGGCCUCUCCAUUGUGAUUGGAGACCUUUUGCGACAAAUUCCUAUUGCUGUGUUGUUCGGCAUAUUCCUCUAUAUGGGCGUGAUGUCUUUAAAUGGGAUGCAGCUAACAGAACGUAUGAUGCUGCUAUUUAUGCCCACUAAAUAUCAUCCCGACCACACCUAUGUCCGCAAGGUGCAAACUUUGCGCAUGCACCUGUUCACAUGCUUACAGCUGGUGUGUCUUGCUGUGCUGUGGACCGUAAUGUCGACCGCGGCAUCAUUAGCCUUCCCAUUUGUCCUUGUCCUUACUGUGCCUUUCAGGAGAUUCCUGCUGGCUCGGAUAUUUACUCCUCGUGAGAUACAAUAUCUUGAUGCAGAUGAGACAGAGCCGUCGUUUGAUGAGAAGGAAGGCCAGGAUGAAUAUUCAGAGAUGCACAUGCCAGUAUGACCUCAUUCCUCUCACUUCCCUACCUGGACUGGCUUGAUUUGUGCUGCCUUUUGUUAUUUUGUCCAUUUAUCUAUUUUUAUCUAAGUUUUGUCCAGGCGAGUUUCUUCAUUUUAUUGUUUUUUCUUACAUGGUGGAGAAAUUAUAUUUAUAAAUGUUAAAGUGUUAAAUAGUUGCUUGAAUGUCACUUGCAUCUGUUGCAUCAAAAACCUGUCUUUAUAUCACCUGCACUAUUUCGUAUAUUUAUUAGAGUAUAAAUGUUUUUGUGCCGUAUGCGUUUUGGAGAGACGAAAAUGAAUGUACAAUCCCCAGUCAGUUCAAAAAAUGAUACAGGAAGCACUUUAAGGGAAAUUAAAAAUGAAUCAUUUACUCCAUUGCAAGGUGAUAUAAAAUUUAGAAAUUAAAAAUAGUGUACAGAAUUAAUGCAUAUAUAUAUGUUUGAUAUCUUUGUAACUUUAAUAUUAAUAAUAAUAAUACACAGCUUCAUAAUAUAUACAGUUUUGUUAGAAAUAUCUAGGCAUUGCCACUAAAUAAUAAUGCAAUGGGUGCAUUCACCAGUUUAUCUGGAAGAAAAUAUGUUGUUGGGUUCUGAUAAGUUAAGAAUAUAUAUUGUGUCUUUUGGAAACUGUCAAUCAUAGCUUUGCUGAAACAAUAUUUUUGUCUCAAGAGCACCAAAGUUGCCUAUGUGUUUAUAACACUAAACAGAUCAGACAUAGUUUUCAUAGCUAUGGAUACAAAAAUGAUCAUUUAUGUUUUACUGUUGUUAUGGUUUAGGUAAUGUCUAAAGGUGUAUAAAUGUGUAUUUAGUUCAAAAGGAUUAGUUUUAUGAUAAAUAUAUAUGUUUCAUAUGAUUUAAAACACUUGUCGUUCAAUACACUACGUUUAUUUUUAUAAAGCACAUUUUCCUCUUAUUUCAGUAGUGAACAUUUGAUAAAUUGUGCAGGGCAUCAAGUGAAGAAAUUGUGAAUAAGUGUAGAUUUGGUAUAAUAUUGUAAUCCAUUUGCUUAAAUGUGCAAAUCUUAUGUACAUUCCAGUUGACAAAUGAUCUUAAGAAUAUUUUUUUAUAAAGAUAGGGACUUAAAUACAUCUCAUAGAUAUUACUGAAUCAGUUAUGUGUUCUUGUUAAAACUGACAAGGAGUUAUAAUAAGUUCAGAUUGCAGUGCCUCUAUUUCAUGUGAGUGUUUUUUUUUUUCAAAUACAGUGUUGCUUUCAUUGCAUACCGGUAGUAUUUUUAACUUAGAAAAGUAAAAAAGUGAAAUUGUUAAGCACUAAAGAGAAAAUUUAUUCAAGAACAAAUUGUGUGAUUAAUUAUUGAAUGCAAAUGAUGUGGGCAUAUAUAUUAAUCUCUGUAUAUAUUUAAAAAGCAGGCCCAAUAAAAGAACAUAAUUGAUUUUACAUUA